GCUGUUGGCGGUCAGAUCGUCGCGCACAAUCGGUGGCGACAGCCGCGAGUGGAUUUAGCAUUUCAAACAUGGCCACCGAGGGGAUUAGCCAGGGCUGGUUGGCAGGCUUAGCGACAUCAUUAAACGUACCUGAAGCUGCAGUUAGACUUUUGGCUUCAAUUCUACUAGGUUUUCCAUUGGCAUUGUUUCACAGGUAUAAGCUAUAUGGCAAGGAACAAACCACGCAACAUAUAUUUUUUAUACUUUCCGGGUUGAGCAUUGGGUAUUGGAAUUACGGUCCGGAUAUCCUGCACUCUGCAUUUUCACUAUGUGUUACCUACUUGAUACUGAGGAUAAUCGGUGGAACGAAUUUAUCGGUGAUCAUGUCUUUUGUAUUCAACAUGGCAUACCUGCUAGUGGGAUAUUAUACAACAAGUACAGAAGAUUACGAUAUAAAAUGGACAAUGCCACAAUGUGUACUGACCUUAAGGCUGAUAGGUUUAGCAUUCGAUGUAUGUGACGGCAGAAAAAAAGAAGAAAUGCUGUCAGCGUCCCAGAAGGAGACAGCUUUAAAGUCGACGCCAUCGUUUUUAGAGAUCGCAGCCUACAUAUAUUUUCCUGGUUCGUUUUUAGUCGGUCCACAAUUUAGCAUGAAGCGAUAUCUCAAGUAUGUCAAUGGCGAAUUGAGGGGUCCGGACUCCUCAAACGAAUUGCCACCAUGUAUAGUUCCUGGUCUUUUGAGAGCUCUGGCUGGUUUUGGCUACAUUGUAGUCUUCCAAAUUGGCUCUAUGUACGUUUCUGACGACUAUAUAGUUGACCCAUCGUUUUCUAAUGAGAGCUUUUGGAAGCGGUGGCUCUUAUUGGGACUGUGGGGUCGAGUUAACUUAUAUAAGUAUAUCAGCUGCUGGCUGAUAACUGAGGGGGUUUGUAUUGUUUUUGGUAUAACUUACAAUGGAAAAGACAAAAACGGGGUUGAAAGGUGGGAUGGUUGUGCCAAUGUCGAGCUUUUGGUAUUCGAAAAUGCGACACAAUUCAAUCACUACAUUCUUUCCUUCAACACGAAUACUAAUCACUGGUGUGCCGAGUAUAUCUACAAAAGAUUGAAGUUCUUAGGAUCAAAAAUCUACAGCCAAACAGCAACUUUAUUAUUUCUUGCCGUUUGGCACGGUUUUCACAGUGGAUAUUAUCUAUGUUUCUUCAUGGAAUUCAUCAUUAUGAAUUUCGAAAAAGACAUUGGGCCUGUACUUAAUUCAAAUAAGAAGCUGCAGGCACUUUUGAACAAUCCAAUAAUAGCUGUGCUUGUCUGGUUUGUCAUGAAAAUAUACACGCUUGUAUUCAUGGGCUAUGCGCUAAUACCAUUUGUCUUACUUAAACACAGUAAAUACUUGCAAGUAUUUGCAAAUUUCCAUUUUCUCGGACAUAUAUUAUUCAUGGGUUAUCCAUUGAUAGCCCCAUUUCUGAAAUCACUUAUUCGAGAAAAGCGACAGAGAUCACACGAAGAAUAGAGAAUAUAUGUAAAUUCAUAUUCCAUGCGAAUUUAUUCCGGGUACUUUUUACACUCAACAUCCUUUUUCGCUUCGCCAAAUAAUCAAAGAAAUUAAAUGUUCGACUCUUAAUGAUUGUGAUGAACUUUUUUGUCGUACUCUGUUUAAAUGGUCUGUAGAUUUGGGCGUUCUUGUAUCAAACAAUGGCAAAGACGAUAAUAUUUGAUCACGUGUUGUUGUAUCUUCAUACGCAGUUUUAGUUGAAAAAAUUUAUUCCUGUACUGAAUUUCCAACACAGUCAAUUCUGAAACUAUCUGUGCAAAUUCUUAAUUGUUGCGACUAACAACCUGAAAACUCUACCUCUAAAGAUUGAGAUAGAAAAGCGUAUUAUAGCUGUAUUAUAGAUGUGCAAGUAUAUAUGUAACUAAUGGUAAAGUGAGCAUCAUUUUAUGAGCGUGUCAAAUCCAAUCGGAAAUUCAUUUGAAAGAAUGCACAAUAUAAUCGAAUAGUAGAUCCGACAGAGUGUGGCAGUGGAACAGAGUAUUUUGUAAUUUUGUAAGUAAAUCAGUGAAAAGGUGGAAAAUACGUAGAGAUUUCGGCACGUAAUUACUUCGAGACAGGGAUUUCAUUCAUGUGCAAAGUU